UCUCCCUCUUCUGACUAACUCCAACGCUGCUUUCCCUCGCUCGCUUUCUCUUUCUCACAACCGUGCCAACUUUGACGUGGUGACGCAGAGAGAGCCGCUCAGUUCUGGGGUUUUUCCACUCGCGCUGGGGUUAGUGUUGAAGGAGGUCUGCUUAAGGACAGGCCCUAUAAAUGAAAUCCACCUUUCACCACUCACCGACUCAGUUGCAGUAACAUAACUGAGUGAUCUGUGAGCUGCUCAGGGAUCCUCCAGCCUCUGGGAUCCCAGGCACAGAAGGCUGGACAAGUACUGGACCAAGAGUAAGGGCGUUAUUCCCUGGAGUACAGUACUGCUUUUGUUGAAUGGCCCGGGGUGAAAAGAUGCAUUCCUUAAAAGAUUUUCACAAAGACACCCUGAAGCCCUCUCCCGGGAAGAGUCCGGGUACCCGGCCCGAGGAUGAAGCAGAUGGCAAGGUGCAGCGAGAGAAAUGGGCAAACAAGCUUGAUUUUAUCCUGUCUGUGGCCGGAGGCUUCAUUGGCCUUGGGAACGUCUGGAGAUUUCCUUAUCUCUGCUACAAAAACGGUGGAGGUGCUUUUCUCAUCCCAUACUUUAUCUUCCUGAUCGGUGGAGGUCUGCCUGUGUUCUUCCUGGAGGUAGCACUUGGUCAGUACACAUCCCAAGGGGGCAUCACCUGUUGGGAGAAACUCUGUCCCAUCUUCUCUGGAAUCGGCUGUGCGUCCAUCGUCAUUGUCUCCCUGUUGAAUGUUUACUACAUCGUUAUUCUGGCCUGGGGACUCUACUACCUCUUCCAGACCUUUCAGAGUGAACUACCCUGGGCAAAGUGUGGCCACAGAUGGAACACUGAGCACUGUAUUGAGGAUCGCCUGAGAAAGAACAUCUCUCUGUGUAUGACCUGCAAUAGCACCAACCUCACGUCACCCGUGACAGAAUUUUGGGAUUCUUUCCCUCUGUCUACUUGUAAACCCAUGGCCGUCUCUUGUUCCCUGGGUAGCCAGGCAGUAUGAGCUACCCCAGUCAGCUGGGCCAGAACACUAAACCGCGUAGAUGAAUGGGACACAAGCUUUCUCACCCAGUUCAUUGAGAGUCGUUAAUAAAUGCUUUCCCUUGAAUUUCCGAAGCCAGUGCCAGGGGCUCUUUAUUGUGAUGUGGAGGUCGCAAACAGUAAAUUGGAAGUUAUUUUAAUCCAAAGGUAGCCCUUGGCAGUUUUGUUUCUUAAUCUUUACUGAAAAUGAGUUUGUUUUGCAUGCCAGCUUCCACGCCCCCCCCCCCUCCUCCUGUCUCCGUGCCCCCUCUCCCAGGUGCCCGUGGCAUGCUCGCCUGCUUACAGUGAGCAUGUUAAAAAGCAGCAGCAGCAGCAGCACUGUCCCAAUGGAACUGCACCACGUGCCUUCAUUUCACAUCUCUGCUUUGCUCCGGCUUUUUGGAGCCUACGAGUAAUAUUGCUUUUAUUUUUCUCUCUCUCUCCACCCCCCCAUCUCUU